AUGAGCAACGGCAACCCAUACUACGGCGGCGGUGGUGGUGGCGGCGGCGGCUUCGUGCCCGGCGGCUCGCCGUUCGGGAGCCAGGAGUCGCCCGGCGGCGGAAGGAAGAGCCGCGCAAACCAGACCCUCCGCCCCGUCACUAUCAAGCAGAUCAUCGACGCGGCCCAGGCGCACCCUGACUCGGACUUCCAGAUCGACGGCGUCGACGUUCAGGCUGUCCAGUUCGUUGGCUCGGUGCACAACCAGUCGGCGACGGCUACCAACGUCUCGUACGAGAUUGGCGACGGUACCGGCUACAUUGACGUGAGGCAAUGGCUGGAUAGCGCCGACGACGAGGCGGGCAAGACAUCUGGCAUCGAGCAGGACAAGUACGUCGUCAUCACGGGUAACAUCAAGGUGUUUGGUGGCAAGAGGCAUGUGUCGGCGCAGCACAUUCGCCCCGUCACCAACCACGACGAGGUGUACCACCACCUCCUCAAGGCUGUGUAUGUCAGCCAGAGCUUCCGCAACCCCAAUGGUGCCUCCGGCGGCGCUGGUGCUGGUGCAGGAGCUGGAGCCAACCACAGCGACUACGCGGCCGCGGCCCCUGCCGCCAUCUCCGCAAACGACUACGCCCACCUCCCGCCUCUGCAGCGCAAGGUCAUGGAGGUCGUGUCGGCCGAGGAGCACGACGACGGUAUCCACGUCUCGCUCGUGUCGAGGCGGUGCGGCACGGCCAACGGCGAGGAAGUGAUGGAGGCAAUUGAGAGCCUCAUGUCUGAAGGCAUGCUCUUCUCGACGAUUGACGACCUUCACAUCAAGGCCGCUUAGAAACCUGUCUUGCGCGACCGCGUGAUCAGCGAUGACGAGACAGAAGACUCUGUAUCAUGUACGUAUGCAAGAGAAGUGUGCG